GCAUAAGACAAAUGGCACGCACUCUCCCAAUCAUCGGUUUCAUUAUCAACAUUUAAGGUGAUAACAUGAGAACGCCAACUCGUUUUGGUCAUCAUCGAUGUAAGCGGUGCUAACCUGCCAGACACUCUUAAAUGCACAGAAAUCUUCACGGAGUUUGGUCGAGAGGGCCGUAGUGUUUUAAGAAGUAAAGUCAGACACAAAAACGGUGCAAAUUCACUCGCAUCGCACCUCCCGUCUCCCUGCACACGUGCUUCGAGGAGGGGGGGGGGGUGGUGGAAUGGGGGUGGUGGGUAGGUUGGUGAUGUUUGCAGCGCCGAUCCAAAAGAGUACUCGCGCGCAUGUGCGCAGCGGUCACUUACCUCGAGGCAAUCUGCGCUGCCUUGUCAAUCAAGAAUCCAGUAACUGGAUUCUCUGGAUGCCGUUGACGAGGAUGAGGACUCGACCGGCCAAAAAUGACUCCAAAUCCCACAACGCCAUGGUGUGGCUUGGGCGACAUCCAAGUGGGUCCACCUGACCUGAGACAACCUCCCCACUGGCCUCCCCUUUCCUCAUCAUCCCCCAGCCCGACUCCUCCGUCCACCUCAGCAGGCCCCUUCCUCCCACCCUUCCUCCUUCUCCCCGAUCCCACCCUCCACCUCCUCCUCUCACCUCCCCCCGCAGCACACAUGCAGGCCAAGAAGCGGUACCUGUUCGUGUCUGUGGGGGUCGCUCUUCUCUUCCUCGUCUACAUGUGGGCUCUGCAAAUUGCCGACUUUGAGCAACAACAACAGCAGCAGCAGCGGUGGUACCGCCAACACCAGUUGCCCCGGUACCCCGACUACGACCAGCACCAGCCUUACAGCCAGAGGCAAGAAGCGGACCGGGCUAGUUCUAAGCCGCCACUGCCUCGCAGGGGGCCAUCCAACCAGCCCGGACACUGGACUGAAUUGACCCGGUUGCUGGGGCCCUACCUGGAGGGAGGAGAACAGGAGGAGGACGGUCCUCAGGUGCACCACCAACACAGCUCGCCCAGGGAGCGGCGCUCGGUCCGCGACAACCUCUACAAGAACAAACGCUGCCGCAUGGAAACCUGCUUCGACUUCGCCCGCUGCCAGCCACACUUCGGCAUUUACGUUUACCCGCCGCAGAGGGGCGACGAGAUCUCAGCUACGUACCGUAAGAUCCUGUCCUCCAUCCAGGAGUCUCGCUUCCACACCGCAGACCCCCUGAAGGCCUGCUUGUUCAUCCUGGCCGUGGACACUCUGGACAGGGACCGUCUGUCGCCCCAGUUCGUUCAGAACGCCAGGACACGUAUCCACAAUUUGCCCACAUGGAACGACGGCAGAAACCACCUCAUUUUUAACCUCUAUUCCGGUACCUGGCCGGACUACACAGAAGAUCUGGGAUUUGAGGUGGGCCAGGCCAUGUUGGCCAAGGCCAGUGCCAAUGUAGCCAACUUCCGACCCAACUUUGAUAUUUCCAUCCCUUUGUUCUCCAAAGACCACCCACUUAAAGUAGGGGGCAUGGGUGGCACCUGGGGCACGAAUGGCGCGGCUGCCCCGAUCUCCUCCUCGUCCUCUCGGCGCUACUUGCUGGUGUUCAAAGGGAAGCGUUACCUGACGGGGAUCGGCUCGGAGACUAGGAACGCAUUGUAUCAUAUCCACAACGGGGACGAUAUUGUCCUGCUGACCACCUGCAAGCACGGCAAGGACUGGGAGAAGCACAAGGACUCCCGCUGCGAUCAUGACAACCGAGAAUACGCAAAGUUCGACUACCAGGAGCUGCUGCACAACUCCACCUUCUGCCUGGUGCCCCGUGGUCGACGCCUCGGCUCCUUCCGCUUCCUGGAGGCGCUGCAGGCGGCGUGCAUUCCCGUCAUUCUGAGCAACGGCUGGGAGCUUCCCUUCUCCGAGGUCAUCGACUGGAGGAAGGCGGCCGUGCUCGGCGACGAGAGGCUGCUGCUGCAGGUUCCGUCCAUGACUCGCUCGGUAGGCCGUGACAGGAUCCUGGUUCUGCGCCAGCAGAGUCAGUUCCUGUGGGAUGCCUACUUCUCCUCGGUAGCCAAAAUUGUCCUCACCACUCUGGAGAUAAUCCGAGACCGUGUGGACUCUGUCGUUUCCCGAAACCGUCUGAUGUGGAACUCCCUGCCUGGUGGCCUCUAUGCACUCCCACAGUACUCCACCGACCCCGCACGCUUCCCCUUUUACUACGCCAUGCUAGGGAAGAGCCCCCCACCGCAGUUCACCGGCGUGAUCCAUACGGUGAGUCCGCUGCAGCCGCACCCGUCUCCCGUGCUGAAGCUCAUCAUCGCUGUGGCCAAGUCCAAGUUCUGUGCGCAGAUUGUGGUUUUAUGGAACAGCGACAAGCCCUUACCUCCCAGGAACAAGUGGCCCUCCACCAGUGUGCCUCUCACCGUCAUCCAGAGCAAGGCGAUGAGUAGUCGUUUUUACCCGCACGAUGUCAUCAUCACCGACGCCAUCCUCAGUCUGGAUGAAGACUCGGUUCUCUCUACCAAUGAGGUGGAUUUCGCCUUCAUCGUGUGGCAAACCUUUCCGGAGCGUAUCGUAGGUUAUCCCGCCCGGAGCCACUACUGGGACGGCUCGCGCUCCUGCUGGGCCUACACGUCCAAAUGGACCAACGACUACUCGAUGGUGCUCACCGGGGCCGCCUUCUACCACAGGUACUACCACUACCUGUUCAGCAGCUACGUGCCCAGCAACCUGCUAAGUAUGGUGGACCGUAUGGCCAACUGCGAGGACAUCCUGAUGAACUUCCUGGUAUCGGCCGUCACCAAGCAAGCGCCCGUCAAGGUGACGCAGAAGAAACAGUACAAGGAGACCAUGAUGAGCCAAGGCUCCAAGGCGUCCCGGUGGGCCGACCCGGACCACUUUGCCGAGCGUCAGACGUGCGUGAACGCCUUCAGUCGCUGGCUGGGCUUCAUGCCGUUGCUGCACUCGCAGAUGAGACUGGACCCGCUGCUUUUCCGGGAUCAGGUGUCCAUGCUGCGGAAGAAGUACCGCGACAUCGAGAGGCUGUGAACGUGAUCGCCCCGCCCUCCAUCCCCUCCCGUGAACCGCCAGACAUAGCCAACACAGAAGGUAUGCUCACACUCGCAAAAAAAAAAAAAAAAAUCUAAAUUAAAAAAAUAAACCACACAGGCGAGGGACGUGAGCUGCAUGAAAACAACCGUUCUUAAUCAUAAUGGCGGGUUCUUAACGAUGGGACAAUCUUGCUAUUGUACAUUUACGGCUGCGGUUCGUGUCUGUAUAAAGCAAAUAAAAUCAAGGUAUGCUAUCAAAAGUGUCACGGGGGCUUCACUUUUUUGCUUCCUGACUUUGCACGAAAUUGCACUCGUGGGCCACUUUAUUAGGCACAGCUUUAAUCGCUGUGCCGAAUCGUUUUUAUGUAUAAGAUUACCUAUUUUAUGUACAUAGAUUCUAACUUUGCAAAGAUAAUCAUGAUCAAAAAUAAAUUACGUAUUCGGUAUUUUCGCAUUUUUUUAAUGAAAAUUUGUGAAAAAGCAAGCAAGCCAAAAAAAAAUUUUUUUAAGAACAGCAAUGCAAUGUUUAGCAAUAUUUGGGAUAUAUGUUUUAUUGUUGUGUUUGUGGUGGCGUAGAACUCGACAAAGAUUCUCUCAUCUCGCGACAUAUUUGGAGCCCGACUGUUUUGUCGGCCAGAUAAUCUUAUCAGCUGAUAUUUGGUUUUAAGAAC